CCUAAGUAUAUCGCGGCCUUAUCUGGCUCUCUUCUUCUUUCUUCCUUCAGAAACCCCGAAACAUCGUCUACGAUGCCUACUGAAUUCAUUAGUCUAGCGUUCCCAAACGCAUCCACGGAGCUCAGUCCCCUUCCGAGUCCGUCCGUGGAUCCGGAUUACCUGGUUCGGUAUGCUCGAGCACUAGAUGAUUACGACUUCGACUACACGCUGCAGCCGUAUGAUUCCGGCGGAUUCGAUCCAUGGACGAUGGGUGCUACCAUUGCCGCGGCGACCAAGAAGCUCAAGGUUAUCAUUGCUCUUCGACCAAACACCGUGUACCCGACCGUUGCGGCGAAGGCGCUGGCAACUCUCGACCAGCUCAGCAAAGGCCGUGCCGUUGUUCACUUCAUCGCCGGCGGCAGCGAUGCUGAGCAGGCUAGAGAAGGCGACUUCCUCGACAAGGCGCAGCGUUAUGAGCGCCUGGAAGAAUACAUCCGUAUUCUCCGCCGCGCGUGGGAGUCAGCAGAGCCAUUCGACUGGAAUGGCAAGCACUAUCAGUUCAAGCAGCACAGCAACCGCGUGCGGCCAGUCAAUGGGACCAUCCCCGUGUCUGUGGGCGGUUCGUCGGACGAGGCGUAUCGAGUCGGUGGCGCCCUGGCCGACAUCUUCGGGCUCUGGGGCGAGCCGCUAAAGGAGACCAAGGACCAGAUCGACAAGAUAUACGCCGCGGCCGACAAGGCUGGCCGUCCUGCAUCUGACCGCCCACGGAUCUGGGUGACGUUCCGACCCAUCACUGCGGAGACGGAUGAUCUCGCGUGGGAGAAGGCCCAUCGUACGCUCGAUGCUCUGAAGGGCAACCAAGCAGCUGGAAAAAGUAUCAUACCUCUAGCUGCCACUGGUACAGCGCCACAGAACGUGGGCUCGCAGCGUCUGCUCGAGAUCGCGAAGCGCGGCGAGGUGCAAGACCGCGCGCUUUGGUAUCCGACUGUCACAGCAACUGGUGCACGCGGCGCGUCGACAGCGCUAGUUGGUUCCUACCAGACUGUUGCGGACUCGAUUCUCGACUAUGUUGAUCUGGGCUGUGAGCUCAUCUCCAUUCGCGGCUAUGACAACCUGAACGAUGCCAUUGAUUAUGGGCGUUAUGUGCUUCCUCGAGUUCGUGCAGAGCUGGCAAGGCGAGAGGGGGCUGUUUCCAAGCAAGAGGGAGAGGCCGCUGUUUCCAAGCAAGGUGGAGAGACGACCGCCAUCGUCGAUGGUUGAAUUCAAGAGGCGUGCUUCACUAAGUAGCAGACGCGACAAGUGGUUGAUGCUUUGACGCACAGGCCGAUCGAAGCGGCAACAUGAUGCCUGUCAAGGAUCCUAAAUAUCUGAAAUGUUGUGCUCUUUCUAUUAUGUAGUAAAUGAAUAUAUACAUAUUUGGC